AUGCGGCGCUUCCAUCUGCACCUGGUCUCCGACGCCACCGGCGAGACCUGCAUCACGAUAGCGCGGGCCGCGGCGGCACAAUUCCAGGGCGUGGAUGCCGUCGAGCAUCUGUGGUCGCUCGUCCGCACGGAAAGCCAGCUCCGUCGCGUUCUCGCCCAUGUCGAGGCCGAGCCCGGGGUCGUCAUGUUCACCCUGGUCGACCCGCAGCUCCGCGCCCUUCUGCAUGAGGAAUGUCGGCGCAUCGAUGUUCCCUGCAUCCCCCUCCUCGACACAGUGAUUGCGGCGUUGAGCGGCUUCCUCGGUAUCGAGAGCCGCAAUCAGCCGGGCCGCCAGCAUGUCAUGGAUGCAGCGUAUCUGAAGCGCAUCGAGGCGAUGAACUUCGCGCUCGGACACGAUGACGGCCGCUCGUCGGCGACGCUGGGCGAGGCGGAUAUCGUGCUCGUCGGCGUGUCCCGGACGUCAAAGACACCCACCUGUUUCUACCUCGCCAAUCGGGGCCUCAAGGCCGCGAACGUACCGGUGGUUCCUGCGUGCCCGUUACCGCCAGAGCUCGGGGGGUUGACGGAUGCGUUGGUUGUCGGCCUCACCUGCCACCCGGAGCAACUGAUCGAUGUCCGCCGCAGCCGCAUGCGCAUGAUCGGCGACAUUGGCGAGACCGGCUAUGUCGAUCCCCUCCAGGUCGAGGAGGAGGUGAGACAGGCGCGGCGACUCUUCGCGGAGUCCGGGUGGCCGGUAAUCGACGUGACGCGCCGCUCGAUCGAGGAGACCGCCGCCGCGAUCCUCCAGCUGCACGACCGCCGUGCUUAG